UCACAUCCAACAGGAAGCACUCCUCAUUGCCUGUGUAUGACCUAUCGCCAUGGGUGCUGAGGGGGCUUCCGUGCAAGACCGCCUCACUAGGUGGGCUCAGAGACUCAAGAAUUUGACCGUAUCGCCGCUCACGCAAGACUACCCGGAGACGACCCCGUCCGGCCCCGAUGUUUCAAAGCGCGCAAUUGAAGCUUUCGAGUCGUUGAAGCUCUCUUCCGAAGUCCAGGCAGCUAUCAGCAAGCUCUCCGGGCCCGGUGAUUCCGGUUUCCUCGUUUUUCUCACCGCAUUCGUGGUCCUCGUGAGCCGGUUAACCGGAGAUGAAGAUAUUGCGCUGGGAACAAGUUCCGAGAGUGACGGGCGCUCGUUUGUGUUACGUGUGCCUAUUUCGCAGAAUGAAUCGUUUGCGAAGCUAUAUUCCAGAGUUUCAGAGGCGUUUGCCCAAGGCGUUUCUGACAUUGUCCCCCUAAGAACGUUGAGAACUUAUAUCCAGAAGGAGAACAAGUCAGAACGCACGCCAAUUUUAUUCCGUUUUGCCGCAUAUGAAGCUCCUGCGAAGUCACAAGAGUAUCCUGCCAAUACGUUUGAUACCACCGAUCUUGUCCUUAACGUUGCUCCCGGAAGCCCGUCGGAUGAUGGAGAAUUGGAACUCGGAGGUUACUAUAAUCAGCGUCUAUUCUCCAGCGCUAGAAUAUCCACCAUUCUGACCCAGCUCGCUCAAUUGAUUCGCAACGCGUCGAACAACCCGGACGAAGCUAUUGGCAGGGUCGAAUUUCUCACCGAAAGCCAGAGGCAGAUGCUUCCAGAUCCAACCAAAGAUUUACAUUGGUCUGAAUUCCGUGGGGCAAUUCAAGAUAUAUUUGCUAGAAAUGCAGAAAAACAUCCGGAUAAACUGUGCGUUGUCGAAACGAAGUCCCACAGCUCUCCGCAUCGGGAGUUUACUUAUAGGCAAAUCCAUGAGGCGUCUAAUAUCCUUGGUCACCACCUGCUCCAAUCAGGGAUACAAAGAGGUGAGGUCGUUAUGGUGUAUGCGCACCGCGGCGUCGAUCUUGUCGUUGCUAUCAUGGGUAUUCUAAAGGCCGGAGCGACAUUCUCGGUGAUCGACCCUGCGUAUCCUCCAGAUAGACAAGUCAUCUACCUAGACGUUGCCAGACCUCGAGCUCUGAUCAACAUUGAAAAGGCCACACAGGAUGCCGGUGAAUUAACAGAGAAGGUCCGCAGCUUCAUCGAUGGCAACUUGGAACUUCGAACGGAGAUCCCGGCUCUGGCACUGCGGGAUGAUGGAUCCUUGCAAGGGGGAUUGAUCAACGGAAAUGAUGUAUUGCAACCUCAGGUAGCCUUAAAGGCCAAACCGGUCGGCGUGGUAGUUGGGCCAGAUUCCACACCUACUCUUUCUUUUACAUCUGGUUCAGAAGGUCGACCAAAAGGUGUGCGUGGAAGGCAUUUUUCGCUUGCCUACUAUUUCCCUUGGAUGUCGAAGACUUUCAAACUCUCUGAGAACGACCGCUUUACACUUUUGAGCGGUAUCGCCCAUGAUCCAGUACAACGAGACAUUUUCACCCCUCUUUUCCUAGGAGCUAUGCUCCUUGUUCCUUCUAGGGAAGAUAUUCAAAACGAAAAAUUAGCAGAAUGGAUGCGCGAGUACAAGGCCACUGUUACUCAUCUGACACCAGCUAUGGGUCAGAUCCUUGUCGGAGGUGCUACUGCUCAGUUCCCAUCUUUACACCACGCAUUUUUCGUUGGUGACAUCCUGAUCAAGAGAGAUUGUAUGUCGCUCCAGGCCCUCGCCCCAAAUGUCAAUAUUGUGAACAUGUAUGGUACCACUGAGACUCAACGUGCUGUGAGUUAUUUUGAAAUCCCAUCGUAUGCGAGCCAGGAGUCAUAUCUUGAUAUGAUGAAGGACGUCAUUCCAGCUGGCAAAGGCAUGGUUGAUGUCCAAUUGCUGGUGGUGAAUCGUUUCGACCGAACUAAACUUUGCGCGGUGGGUGAAGUGGGCGAAAUCUACGUGAGAGCCGGUGGCCUUGCUGAAGGGUAUCUUGGAGCACCUGAGUUGAACGAGAAGAAAUUUUUGUCCAACUGGUUUAUAGAUCCACAGGUGUGGAAAGACCUUGAUCAGGAACAACAAAAGGGGGCAGCCAAUGAGCCUUGGCGAGAAUUCUACGUUGGACCCAGAGAUCGUCUCUAUCGAAGUGGUGAUCUCGGAAGAUAUACUCCUACCGGCGAAGUCGAAUGCUCUGGCCGAGCCGAUGACCAGGUGAAGAUCCGAGGUUUUCGAAUUGAGCUUGGAGAAAUUGAUACGCAUCUUUCAAGACAUCCAUUAGUCCGAGAGAAUGUGACGCUUGUACGAAGAGACAAGUUUGAAGAGCCAACCCUAGUGAGCUACAUCGUUCCACAGAUGAGCAAAUGGGCUUCGUGGCUGGAGGCAAGGGGCUUGAAAGAUGAUGACUCGGCUGAAGGAAUGGUCGGAAUGUUAAGGCGAUUCCGGCCGCUGCGGGAAGAUGCAAGAGAAUACCUUAGAGGCAAACUCCCCAGCUAUGCCGUACCCACAGUUAUUAUUCCACUCAAGCGCAUGCCUCUUAAUCCCAACGGCAAAGUCGAUAAGCCUGCCCUGCCAUUCCCAGAUACUGCCGAGUUGAGCGCCGCCGCACCGCGACGUAGAUCGUCUGUCCUACAGAAGCUGUCUGAAACAGAGCUGGCUCUGGCACAAAUCUGGGCUAAACUCAUUCCAAACAUCUCAGCAAGGAUGAUUGGGCCAAACGACUCAUUCUUUGAUCUUGGUGGCCACAGUAUUCUUGCACAGCAAAUGUUUUUUGAGCUGAGGCGAAAGUGGAGAAACAUUGAUCUCAGUAUGAGUGCUAUUUUCCGGAGCCCUACCCUCAGAUCUUUUGGUAAUGAGAUUGCCCGUCUACAAGACAUUGAAUCAUUUACCAGCCACGACCAACUUGGCGACUCAGAAACCCGGACGUCUGCCCAGGUCGAUUCCGCAAAUGAGUAUGCCGAAGAUGCGAAGAAGCUUGUGGACUCUCUUCCAAAGCAGUUUCCCUCGUCAGCAGAGCCUGUUUUGCGUGAUAACUGUACCGUUUUCUUAACUGGUGCGACUGGUUUCCUUGGUGCAUUUGUUCUCAGGGAACUUCUUUCCAGGGCUAAUCCAUCUGUUAACGUCGUUGCUCUUGUUCGAGCCAAGUCACCAGAGGCAGCGCUUGAACGCGUCCGGUCAACUUGUCAGGCAUAUGGUUCUUGGUCUGAAGAAUGGGUCAAUAGACUCCAAUGUGUCCAAGGAAACCUUGGCGAUGAAAAGUUCGGCUUUUCCGACGACCUUUGGAAGGACCUUACCAACCGAGUGGACGUUGUGAUUCACAACGGGGCGCUUGUUCACUGGGUGUAUCCCUAUGCCAACUUGAGGGGUCCCAAUGUGCUUGGUACCAUUGAUUCUUUGAAACUUUGUGCUGAAGGCAAAGCCAAACAAUACGGUUUCGUUAGUUCUACAAGUGUGUUGGACACGAACUACUUUGUUGAUGAAUCAGAACGCAUUGUCGAUGCAGGCGGAGCUGGAAUUAGCGAGUCCGAUAACCUCGCUGGCAGUAGCACCGGAUUGGGUACUGGAUAUGGUCAAAGCAAAUGGGUUGGAGAAUACCUUGUAAGGGAAGCUGGUCGACGAGGACUGAAGGGUGCCAUUAUCCGACCUGGUUAUGUUACUGGCGAUUCAGAAACUGGAACCACGAAUACCGAUGACUUCCUGGUACGGAUGAUUAAAGGCUGCAUCCAGCUCUCUGCCAGGCCUAAUAUCAACAACACGGUUAACAUGGUGCCAGUCGACCAUGUUGCAAGGGUUGUUGUAGCUUCAGCAUUUUCCCCUCCACACUCCGAACUAUCCGUUGCGCACGUCACCAGUCAUCCUCGUCUCCGAUUCAACCAGUUUUUAGGUGCGAUACAGACAUACGGUUACGAUGUGCCACAGGUUGAUUAUGUGCCAUGGGCAAGUUCCUUGGAACGUUACGUUAAUGAUGGCGACCGCAACACAAUUGCUCAACAUGCCCUAAUGCCUCUCUAUCACUUCGUAACAGCUGAUCUCCCAUCUAAUACGAGAGCACCCGAACUCGAUGAUGCCAAUGCCGCUGCUGCGCUCCGUGCCGAUGCCAAGUGGUCCGGAAAGGACCUGUCGGGCGGAAGCGGUGUGACGGAAGAGCUUAUCGGACUUUAUCUCGCAUAUCUCGUGGAGAUUGGUUUCUUGCCUGCUCCCACAAAAACCAAUGCCAAGCCUCUCCCCAAGGGCAAUAUCUCAAAAGCGCAGAAGGCUGCUCUCGGUGCCGUUGGAGGCCGUGGUGGACUCGCUUAAGUCGCCGAGCGCUGUUCAGUAAUCCCGCAACAUUAUUCGCAAGUCUGUCUAAAGAUAUCUCAAAAAUGGGUAUAAAUUGAAAAAGUCAUGAUUCUUUGGUUCUAAUCACCCAAAAUACCUAAACAUUUUAAUGAAUGCAUACAUGCAAUGAUGAGUCGUCGAGCGAGAGCACAUUUCGGUAUAUAUAUUUAGGUUGUUUGGGGAAUUUCCAUACAAGAUUUCGGAUAGAAAAAUGGCCAAAGGGGUAUAUAAGUUAUAUGUAGAUGUGGCUCUACUAGUCUAGAAUCGGCACAAGUUUCUGUCAUCGAAACAUGUUUUCAACUCCUUUUAGAACCUCAUCAACAGCCCAACGAAGCAAUUCCUCCAUGAGGCAUUCUCCGUUCCCCGGUGCAACGAGGACACCCAUAUCAUCCCUCAGAUUCUUCCCUUCACCGACGAGUCUCUUCAGAUCCUCCACAUCCUCACCCAGUUGUGUAGAUUCAGGAAGUAAUAGCCAUGCAUGGUCCCUAAUGUACCGUGGCCAAACAAUAUCAUCCACAUAUCCUGGCGGAUCCGUCCAGAAAUUAGUUUCCAGGGGAGUAUAAGUAUUGACAUCUCUCUUUUCUUCUUGUUCCAGCUGCUGCUUAUCAGCUUGUCUCUGAGAUGAUGGCUUUGGUGUUGGCGCGGGGCCAAUGGUUACAUAGCCGGUCCGACUCUCUCGUCUUUUCUUGACAAGAGUGUAAGUAGCUGGUAGAAAAAACGGUAUAUCAAUUGUGUCGUGGAUCUUGCGAAGCGGAUGGGUGCGGUCGUGGGGAGGUGCGUAGAGCAAGAAGCCAUCAAUUAAGGCGAGAGAGAUGAAGCUAGAUGUGUCCCUAGCAUAUUUCCUGUCCGAACCCGCAGUGCUUCUUUUGCGUUGUUCCUCGAGAGCAAGAUCACGCAGGCGUUGGGCAACUUGUUCUCUGAACAAGCGCACGGUCUCCCCGCUAACUCCCGAGUCUGUGGCAUCGUUCAGGUCUUCCUUGCUUUUGAUACCAGCGGGUAAAUGGCCAUGAUCGCGGAUAUAUGCUAACGUCGCCUCGAACUGCGAGAUAUCGAGGGCAUCGAUAGUGUCCCAGUCCUGGACAAGCUUGCCGGAGGACGUUGUGACCACAGGGAUCCUAUUUCGGGGCGAAUAUUAGCAAGCAUAGAAGUAAAGCUUGGACGUGGUGAAGAUUCGAUAAAGUAAUUAACUGUCUUAAUAGCACUUACUGGUCAUCCGGCUUGUAGAAGUCAUCUUGAUGGA